GUUGCGGGGAGCUGGAGCUUCGAGUGGUUCCCGUCCGUGCUUCCCUUUCCUGCCUACCUCGCACAAAUAUCACCGUCAACAUCGGAUAGCAUCUGCUUGCAUCAAUCUGGACAUUACGUAUGUGGGUGUAUUGCGCUCGCCAUGCUGUGUCCUGCUUGCCCUUGUGCGAGAUGUAGUCCCGUAUCCGCCUGCCAAUGGCUUCGCAGUAAACAGGAAGCGUGGCAGGCUGGCGGGCAGUCAAGCUGCAGCCUUCUCAGCUCACUUACCUCCUCUUAUCACAACAGAAAGACCAUCAUCGACGCAUAUUGAUAAGUAUGGACGUCAACGAGGCGGUCACACCAUAUCAACUAUGCAACCUCUGCCAAACUAUCGCUACCACGUACACGCCACCCAAGUCUUGGGCAGGCGAAGAUGUACACAACUUCCUCAGUCAUCACAACCUCCAAUGGGAUCAAAGCACUUCACUAUACAACUUCAUUCAAAGUGCAACAUUUCAAAAUGUCUUCCCUUUGGUUCAAUCGGAACGUAAGCUGUUCUGGGCGAGCAGAGUACCCACACCACAUCACGCUAGCUUGACUGAUCUUCGAAGAUCAGCUCAGCGUGAUUGUCACCUUUGUUCUCUCUUUGUCGGCUCAUUCGAUCGAAAUGAGGAAUGUACUUCACAAUAUGGAAAAGAACAUCGGCUGUGGAUCUCUCCGGGUAGCAGCCCACGCUUACUACGUAAUUUCGUGAUCAGUGACGAUAGUCAAUUGCUGCAUCUACACUACAGCACUUCUUCGGGACUCUCAGCUUUACCAGCCCCUUUGGCUACAAUACGUAUUCACAUUAUCUUCAAGCCUCGUCAGGGAAUCUGGGAAGGGUUGCGUCCGGUCAGAUCAAGCCAAGUUUCGCUCGCGUCGACUUGCUUCAAAUGGUCUUCAAACACUGGGUCUGACGCAGCCUCCAAGCUGAUGGGCGCUUGGUUACAAGAAUGUACUGAAAAACAUGAGUCUUGUAGUCAGGAUUUUGGCGGCCACAGGCCUUCUAGGCUGUUAGAUCUCCACUUUGACACAGACUCGAGAUACAUUCGUUUAGUUUCGACGAGCGAUCAUGGCGCGCAGCCUUACGCUACGCUCAGUUACAGCUGGGGUAAUAGCCCCCCCUCCGUCUUGCUUACCAAGGACACACUCGAAUCGUUUCGAGCUCAAAUCAGGAUGGAUACGCUUCCAAGAACAGUACAACAUGCUGUUCAUGUGUGCAGAAUGCUGCAUAUUCGAUUCCUAUGGGUGGAUGCUCUUUGCAUCAUCCAAGGUAGUACUGGCGAUUUUUCAAAAGAGGUUUCUCACAUGGGAUCAAUUUAUGCCCGGUCUUUAUUUACAAUUGCAGCGUCUGACUCUGUUGAUUGCAGUUCAGGCUUUUUGAAGAGCCGGUUGCCACUUCAAACGGAAGACUGCCAAAUCCUCGACGACGACGACAAGACCUUGUGGUUCGAGGGACUGGAACAUGAUGGUCAGUUCCAUUACCUUCAGCGCCGGCACAUCGACACUCGAGCCUGGGUCUACCAGGAACGUUUGAUGGGCCCACGAACACUCCAUUUCUGUGGCACUGAUAUAAUAUGGGAGUGCCGGAAACUGCGUUCAUGCCAUCGAUGCGGCACACCUACACUUCCCAACAUAGGAGACUACAAAGAGCUUUUCCUAAGGAUACUUCGGAUGACACCAGAGGAUCAUGGCGAAGUUCGGUUUCAAGAUUUGUGGUAUCGGCUAUUGUACAAUUACAACCGAGCUUCGUUGAGCAACGAGGACGACAGACUCAGCGCAUUGGCGGGUGUAGUUCAGCUCCUGAACCGUGAUACCAACUACGAGAAUAGCUUCGGUCUAUGGCUCCCGUUCUUCUGGGACCAGCUUCUCUGGUGCUAUACGGAAGCUUUAAAAGGCGUUUGGCGUGAUCGGAGAAGAAUGCUCAGCGACGUUCCUUCGUGGUCAUGGAUCGGUGUCCAAGGCGAGAUUGGAAUCCCGGAUCAUUGGCGUACGGAUUUACCAUACGUGAACAGCGCUGAGUUGCUACAACCCCCACCUGCUACGCCAUUUGAUCGAUUGUCAUCAUUGUGCAAAGAGCUACCACUACCUGCAUCCACAAAGAUACGGGGCUGGACUACGGUCCGCCGGCCGGUACCCAGAUUCAGUCUUCGGGAGCCGCUCGUACUCCAGAGCAACUGGAUCCUGGCCCCCGUAUUGAAGCCUUGCAGUGACGACUCAGCUGCAUACGAACAACUCUCAUGGAGCAUAUUCCAUGACACCACGGCAUACACAGAACAACACGGAAAUCUCUCCAACGGCCCGGUUUUCGUGUGGCAUUAUUUCUUUCCGGACGUAUUACCCCAGCAAGAUGAGCCUUUGACAUGUCUCCUAAUAAAGCAUGCCAAUGAAGAAAGAAGAUUUGACGAGCAAGGCCUUGUACUUGAGUGCAUAGAUGCUAGGAAGAGUCUUUUCAGGAGACGAGGGGUAUUUGCUGUCUCCAUUGGUUGGCCUGAAGCGUAUGCGCAGCUUUUCGCAGCAUUGGCCAAAGCACAACGUUCCCAAGACCAGCAUCGCAUAUGUCAGGCCCUAAAAGACCUCAACGCAGGCUUCGAGAUCUAUGAAGCAGAUGAUACGCUGAGGAUGCAGGAUCUACUGAGGAAUCGAUACAGCAUGUUUGGCGAGGACGCAACCAUAACAGAAGUCGAGAUCAUCUGAACCGCUUCGAUUUCGGUGUGGGUCCCACACCUCAGGCUCUCUCAAGUGAUCCAAGAGUC